UGUUUCUAAGUGCCUGCUUUUAUUUUGAAGUUCUUCCCUUGCGUAGCUUGUUUUGGUUCAUCCUUUCCUCCUCCACGGCGCCCCCUGGCGGUCACUGCUCUUCUCUGUCAGGUCGUCAUAAUACGCUGGUAUCAGCGGCAGGGCUGUACAUUCAGCACAGGUUUUAAACCUCUCCCAGGCUGUAAUGUCCUGACAGAGAGCAGAAGGUUUGCUUUGGGAUCCGUAGAGGACAGCGGGGAGACCGCGGCGGACAGAUCCCUGAAGGGACGGAGAUGGGACUUAUCUUAGCCGCUGGGUUCGCUCCGUGUCGCCGUGAAGAAAGCUUCAUUCGCUUUCGCUUACCUGGAGGCUGCAGCUCGGAACCUUUAAAUUGAACUUCAGGCUAAAAGUGAGUCGACCUGCUCUCAGUUCUGAUCUUUCCAGCUGGACCAGAGGAUAUGAGAGGCUGCAGGAGGCGCUGAUGGAGCUCCAGGAGUUGAGCUGGCUCUGUCUGGUGACUCUCUUCCUCGCCUCCUUGCUCAUAGUGCUGGGAUGGCUGCUCCAGUACUCGCUGACUGUACUGCGGCUCUGGAAAUCCAGGAAGGCAGCCAAGCAAGGUGGCCGAGAGACAGCAUGGCUGCAGCGGCAGCAGCAUGUCUUCUCCACUCAGCCCCAACAGACUCAGGCUGGAGGCGUAUGGGGCUUUCUGCUGAUGAAGCUGCGCUCUGGCAAGGAUGGAGCUGCUGCCUCUGAGGCUGGGGUCAAAGGCCUGCUGACCUCUCUGUUCUCCUUCAGGUCCUUCAGGGAGCACUGGCAAAGAACCUGGGUGAAGGCUCUGAACGAGCAAGCGUGCAGGCAUGGGAGUUCCCUCCAGAUAACUUUUGACAGCAGUCUCCAGUUAACCGCUGGCUCUGCAAUAGAUAGCGUGACCUGCACUGACCAGUCAGCGAACAAAAUGGUGUUACACUGUAAAUGCUGGGUAGACACGCUGACGUUUCCUGUGACUGUGACCCAGCAGUCACCCGCUGCUGUUUCCAUGGAUACGUAUCAGAUCACUACUGCACCUAUGAUGGCUAAGGUGGAUGUGUCCCUGGAGGAAGUAGAGGACGAGGGCUUGCUGAUAUCUUGGACUUUUUCCAAGCAGCCAUCAUUUUCUCUCACCGUGUCCCCGUGUAAACUGCAGAGACAGGGCUCGGAGGCUGCAGCAGACCUGGACAUGAUCAAAGGAAUGGUUGAAGACACGCUGUUCAGCGCCCACCCGGCCAUGGUCCUCAACCUCAAGGCCUCCGUGUUUUCUAGUGUGUCCCCAAUGGACCAUCUCUCAGUGGGAGACAGCGCCACAUCCCACGGGUUCUUAGUGAGGUGGCUCCUUCUCCAGCAGCUCAGGGUGACCUUAAGUAAAGGCCUGUGGUCCAGAUCAGGGGAGCUGUGCUGCGUCCUGAGUCUGGACCAGCCGUCGGCAGAGAGGAGGACCUGCUUCCUGUCUGUGCCGAGAAACCCCGACACUGCCCUGGAGUGGAGCGAAGAAAUGACUCUGGAGCUUGGCCCGGAAACCAAAGAGCUCAGGUUCAGGCUUUUGGAGCGGAGCGGCACAAGAGAGCAAUUUCUUCCUGGUCACGCCGCCAUCGCCAUGAACCUUCAGUCUAAAACCCCGACUGGGCAACAUGUUGUGUGUCUCAGCGCUGGCCCUGGCUCAGCACCAGAUGCUACCAUCAGCACCGAACUGCUGUAUGUAGAAACCGUAGACCCUCGCAGUUCCCAGAACGCUUUCCCUAUUCGCUCCUCGUUGACCCCUACGAAGAAGGUCGACGUGGAUCGAACAAUCACGCCAGAUGGCACCAUAGUCACUACCGUCACCACCGUGCAGUCGCGAAUGAAGCUUGAUCGCAGUCCAGGUGAUUCCCCGCUGCGUUCACCAUCCAAAGUCGAGGUGAGCGAAAAGAAAGCAGCCGUGUUGGUGGACGAAAGAGGCAGCAGCAGCAGCAGCCCCAACCCGAGCAAGAGCAGUCGCCUGUCUAAUGGCCUGGAUCCUGUUGCAGAGACGGCCAUUCGGCAGCUGACAGAGUCGGCAUCCAAAUCAGCCCGGAAGACGCCAACAAAGAGGAGCACACUGAUCAUCUCCGGCGUGUCAAAGGUUCCUCUCACCGAGGACAACUGUGCACUAUCAACCGGCUACGCGGCCGCUAUGGAUGCGGCCAUGCACGGCAACCACUUCAGGUCGGGGCAUCACCAGGACCCUGAUGAAACCACUCCCUCUGACGUGUCGGAGCGCCCCUCUGUGGAUGACGUGGAGUCUGAUACCGGGUCCGCUGGCGCCAUGGAGACGCGCAGCUUGAAGGACCAUAAAGUGGGCUUCCUCCAGAGCGGCUCCAAGCUGCUGUUCCGCAGAAGACACAGAGAAAAGGAGCCCUGUCUCAGCCAGUCCCACGAGGACAUCUCCAACAUGGGCAAUAACUUUGCAGCCCCGGCCACGGGCCCCACCCGCAAAAAGUCUGGCAGCUUCUCCCGGCGCAUCAUCAAGCGCUUCUCCUUCCGCUCGUCCGGCAAAUCGAAAGGCAAGGCUGCUGCUACCAACGGAGGAGCGAGCUCUGUGGAUAAUUGAUUAUAAUCAUGAAAGGGAAUAUCAAAGGCUCUGUGAUCAGCCCUUAACAAGCUGACAAUCCCAGUGGGUUACAACCUGCACUUCCUGAAGGAAGGAUGUUUCUGGAAGGAAAACUCUCUGAAAUGAUUCUUGUACUCCUUCAGUACAAAAAAAAA